AUGGAUCUCUACCGUGACCCAAUGGAUGAUAUGUCGAUGAACGGGAGCGCUGAUAUGGAUUUGUGCUCGUUCUUUGGCAACAUCACAACCCCAUCGUUGACGAACCUCUCCAUUGGCAGAUACAAUCCUACCAUAAUUGAAUACAACGAUGAAUACACUCCGAGGGGAAUCGAAUGGGCACCUUUCAUACUUGAUCACGCGACUGCGAAGGCACUCCAUGAAUUUUUGGCCAGAUCCGGCCCUCCCUCUCUUACUUCGUUGGCUCUGACAGGCAUCCAUUUCGAGGAUCCGGGAGACUUGUUUGAUAUCCUGACUGCCCAGUCACCCACAUUAUUGAGGCUGAGCCUUGUCAUGUGCAACUCGAAAUCGGGCAGCAGAGCUGAGCUUUGGGAGGAUUUUUUUCGGCUUAUGGCGUCCCCGGUCACAACAGACUCCGAGUUCUUGGGAAACUUGGACGAGUUGGAGUUUGAGUACUAUUCCUUGAGAGGAGUACGCGAUAACCAUGACCCCCUAUACGAGAUGGUGAAGUCGAGAUGUAGAGUCGCCGAUCCUUCGACCAAGAAGCUUUCCCGCCUUCGCAUCUUUUGUCAUGACGGUGGAUAUUACCCACCAAUUUACCAUCGUGUAAUAAAGCGCUUGGAGGAGUUUUCGGAGGACAUGCUUCAAUUGGAGGUUACCGAACGAGAUUUUGAUAAGGUUCCCUUAGGGCCUGUUUACAUGAAUACGACAUGGAGGCAUACUACCCCUCCUACAAUUCACUACUUACCUAUGUAG